GGAACUGUCAGUUGGCUUUUUCGAUUCCGUUUCGUAAUCCGCGCGGAAGUGGCGGUGGCGUUUGUUGCUUCCGUCUCGCGUUCCGGCGUUGUCCGGAUGUUUAGUCACUCUCCGCUCGUUCCGUGUGUGCAUGUUUCUGUGUGCGUGUCCGUUCGGGCGUCAUUGUGUAUUGUUUUGCACGACAUUUUAUAGCGGGUAGCCCCCCGUAGGUCAUCUGCUGCAUAAGCCGCUGGUAAAUCAGCACAGUUCUUUCGAGGCGCCUGCGGUCCAUCAAUACAUUGUCGCGAAGGAAGUUGCGUGCCGAUAACACUUCCGCCAGGGAUCGACCAGACCAGCCACCAGGUACCACAGGGCACGAACAAAGAGCAUUCAGCAUUCACUAACGUCCUUCGUGACUCGUUCAAACACCGAUAUCUGAAAGCAACUGUUGAUCUUCGCUGACGGGCCGACAAGAUGUGGUGGAAAUUCAUCGUGGAAAUCACCAACGAGUACAAGAUCCUGCGGGGCAUGAUCUCGUACUCGGCGCUCUGGCCCCUCGGUUGCCUGAUCCAGCAGACGGUAAUCGAAGGCAAGCGGCUACACAACUACGACUGGUCGCGCUGCCUACGGUAUAGCCUGUACGGAACAUUCGUGUCCGCCCCGAUGCUGUACUCGUGGAUGCGCUGUGCCAACAUCAUGUGGCCCCGGACCGACUUUCGGUCGUCGCUGGCCAAGGCGUUCACCGAACAGGCCGCGUACGACCCGUUCGCCAUCGUGUUCUUCUUCUACGGCAUGAGCCUGCUGGAACGCAAGCCGCAGCAGGCGGCCCGCGACGAGGUGGUGGCCAAAUUCUGGGACACCUACAAGGUCGGGUUCUUCUACUGGCCCGUCGCCCAGACGUUCAACUUUUCGGUCAUCAAGCCCAAGAACCAGAUCGUCGUGGCUGGGUUAUUCAGUCUAAUCUGGACAACGUUUCUGGCGUUUGUCAAGACGAAGAAUAAGCCUCAAGCAGCGGUACAAUGAGCGGUACAAGCC